AUGUCAGAUGCAAGCCCUCGGACGUCCUACCGUCCUGCCGGCUGGUCGACAGUCAGCGGCGGCAUGGGCAUUUUCAACUCGAGUGAUACAUUUCAGGUGCCGGGAGAUUAUGUCACCAACAGUUACAUUUUCAACAUGCUGCAAGACACCAGAAUGGCCAGCAGCACGGAAGCUAUCAGCCAUGAAUGUCGGAAUGAUCUGACAUGCGAGGCGACUCUCCUCGUUGGUGGGCUUAGGUGGAUCGCACCGUGGCCUUAUAUCCAGCUGCCCAGCGAUCUCACAGCGUUCUUGACUCGUGACAUGCCUGUGUAUCAGCUCGAAGGCAGAAACACUACCCUUGACAAGUCCAUCUCCUGGGCGACCAGUGAAUGUCGGGUCUACCAAGCCGUGGACAGUGCCCUUCAAAUCUGCGCAAAGGACAGUAACAAGGGUGGCUCUAUUCUUACCGGUAUUCGAGCCUGCGACCCAGGGAAGCUCGACGAUGAAGGCGACUGCUCACUGAACCCUCAAUGGCCAGGGUGGGACUCUUUCGUUGCUUUUUCGUCGACGCUGGAUAUCUACCGCCUGAAUAUCAGCAUGGCCGCCGAUCGCCGUAGCAGUGCCAUUCUGGAGGUGACGGACAAAGGAAAGCCAACGAGGCAGGAUAUCCACCCGAGCGAAUUCCUCGACGCAUUUGACAACCUAUUCUGCCCCUUUUCCUCGGACAACUCGACCAUUUCAAGGUACUGUGAGACUGGACAGGUUAGGUCUGAUGUUACACUUAACCUAUGGAUGUUUGUGUACUACAACUACCAAUCCGAAGGCUUCGAGAACUCGAUAGCCGUUGACACGCUGCGCAACAUCUACGCCACGGCGCUAUUCCUCUAUAAUCCUGUCUUCCGCGGUGCCGUCUUCGCUCCCAAUGCCCCAGCCUUUCUGCGCACGGCGCAAGAGGGCCUUGCCGACGAGAAUUACUUUCCGGGGACCCCCGCAAGGAGGUCGUCCCACCUCGCGCCAGCGCCGUGGACGGUGCUGGCCUUUACCGUCUCCGUCGGAUUUCUCAUUUCAGCCUCGCUUCUAGCGAUUUUCUUCGCCCUGUGGUUUAAGCAGCCCCAGCUCUCGGCUUUUGGACCUCUGAACGCGUUCAAAGCCGAUAUUGUGCAAUUCGGACAGGCAGGAAGCCUGGACUUGGAUGCACUGGUGACAGGCAAGACGGACAAAGAAGUCGCUCUGGCGACAGAUGGCAUACGCAUCAGGCUCAGGUAG